CUGGCCGCCUGCGCCCCCGGGGAGAGGCCCCCUGCGCGCGACGGGACCAGCAGCAUGAGCAGCGGCUACAGCAGCCUCGAGGAGGACGCGGAGGACUUCUUCUUCACCGCCAGGACCUCCUUCUUCAGGAGAGCGCCUCCGGGCAAGUCCCGUUCGGGUCAGCCGGAUGUGGAGAAAGAGAAGGACACUUAUAAUUACCUCAGCAAAGAGGAAAUCAAAGAGAAGGUCCAUAAGUACAAUUUAGCUGUCACAGACCAGCUGAAGAUGACCUUGAAGUCGAACGGGGUUUACACUGGCUUCAUUAACGUGCAGAUGGAGCUCUGCAAACCCACCCCGACCCCUGCCAGCCCCGGGAGACUCCCGCCCAGUGGCGGCGGCAACGGCUGUAUGAACACACUUCACAUCAGCAGCACGAACACCGUGGGAGAAGUGAUCGAGGCCUUGCUCAAGAAGUUCCUGGUGACCGAGAGCCCUUCCAAGUUUGCACUUUACAAGCGCUGCCACCGGGAAGACCAAGUGUAUGCCUGCAAGCUCUCCGACCGGGAACACCCCCUCUACCUGCGCUUGGUGGCCGGCCCCAGGACCGACACGCUCAGUUUCGUUCUUCGAGAACAUGAAAUUGGAGAGUGGGAAGCCUUCAGUCUCCCGGAGCUGCAGAACUUCCUGCGCAUCUUGGACAAGGAGGAGGACGAGCAGCUGCAGAGCCUGAGGCGCCGCUAUGCAGCCUACAGGCAGAAGCUGGAGGAAGCCCUGGGCGAGGGCUGGAAGCCCGGCGGCUAAGGCCGGGGCCGCCUGCCGGGAAGGCACAGCCCGGACCGCCAAAGAGCAGGGCCGCCCCUCUUCUCAGAGAGCUGCUUUGGUGCCCGCCCCGCCGUGCUGGGGGCCCCCUCUUUUCUCUCCAGACACAGUUCCCACAGCUUGGUCACACGGCAUCAUCCUGCGCCUCACGAACUGGCCCACGGGACUCUGCGAGCUUGUUCUGUUCCGGCAUGGCGAUGUUACCUCCUGCAAGCUGUGAGCCUGUGGUCCUCAGGCGCAUCCCGGACUGCUUGGAAGCAUGAACUCUGGCUUGAUUUCCCUUGAUUUCUUCUAGUUACUUGGAUUAUGUGAUUUUUUUUUUUUUUUUUGGGUUAAGCUUCGGGGUGUGCAGAUUAACAUGCAAUCUUCGAAUACUCGUCCUGUGGCGAAACUACCUGCUUGGUUUUCUUCUGUCAGAGCAGCCUGUCCGCGUGAUCUGAAAGACACGGGAAUGUGGGCACUCUGGGGGGACCGGGGAAAGAUUUUGUAAGAGGUUCGACAAAGGAAGCAAAGAGCAUGUGGAGAAGGUAGAGGGGAGGCGAGAGCCCACGGCGGCUUGGCGAGGUCGCGCGGCUUCUAAGUUAGCCAUAGAGGAGGAAGGGACAUUUGUUUGUAAAGGAGUUAGAAGCAUCCAGGGUGGACGUUAGGCCCAUUUUGAGGUUGGCGGAUUUGCUAAUGGUAAAGCGUGGAGUCAGAACCGACCAGCUAGGAGCUAAGCCCGAAGGAGGGAUCUGUGAGCGGCAGCUGACCUGCCGUGGAUGUAACCGAGGUGAUCCAGAGCUAGGCCCCCUGCAGCUGGAUCUGGUCUCUGCGCAUCAAGUCCCCGCCCCCACUGGUGUGGAGUGAAUGGUCUCCGGGUGUAGUUCCUCUGUGUAGGUAGGGCUUGGCCAUGGCUGAUUCCUGUUAAAUGUAGUUUUCCCGCCCCCAGAGGUUGUUCUCAGUUAAAAAGUUGAGGUAAGGACGGCUGUUUCCCCUCCGCUGUUAGCUAGAAGAUGUAUCAAGUCCAGGGCUCGCAGCGGACUUUGUGACAAUCACUCCCCCCCCCCCAUUCCACCCUUCCUUUCCCCUGACCCCCCGCCCCCAAUGGCUCCCUACCCUCCACCCCUCACCAAAAUUCUUACAGAGUAGAGGACAGGGUGCUGAUUAAAGACCCAAUCCACCACAUCCUUGCCUCUCAGAGACUCGACUAAGGGCCCCGAGGAAGGAGCGUCCACACCCAGCUGACCGCACAGGCCUUCAUUAUGGAGCUAUUUUAACCAACGUCGCGUGCGUGCGUGUUCCUUCCAACCAAAGAAAGGGAUGUGCAAUAGAAACCUGCCUGAAGGUGGGCGCGGUCGCCUCCUUUUCUGCGGCAGCUUGCAAGUCGGAGAGCAGAGGGAAGGGUGUGCUGGGCUCCCGGAGGGGCCUUACAGUCAGUCUGUUUUUAGUCUAGAUAGAUGAUGAUGUUGUUUAUAAAUUCCCAAGGAAUUGUUAACGCGGUGACACUUAAUGGAUUCUUUUGGAAAUUCCAAGGUGCUCCAGCUCUUUGCCUUUCUCUGAACCGUGCCUUUGACUGAGUAUCUGUCCCAUCGCGGUGGCUCCUCCUGACCUGUCGGGGACCACCAUCCUGUGGGAGGCAGAGCCACGUGUGGGUUUAUGCUCCACAAGCUCCCGAGACAAUCGGAUCUUCUAAGCUAUUAGGAAGAGUUGGAAAGAAACAAAAACCAGUAGAACUAGCUAUAAAAUAUGAAUGGCACAUCUUGUUUAAUUUUGCAUGUCAUUUCUUUCUAGUGCAUCCGUGAGGCUUUAAUGACAUUGUCACCCAACACUCUGCCUUUGUUGUUCAGGGAAUGCCUUCGUGGCGUCUGUGCUGGUUUGGCUGUGAGACUGUGGGUUUGUGGUCGCCAGCCAACCACCUGGUCUUCUGAUCAAUUACUCCUCCGAGUAAGCUUGGAGUUGGUGAGCGUUACUUCUUUACUUUAAGACCCUGUUAGAACCUAAAAGUAGUAGCUGGUGGCUAUCUGUGAAUUUUUUUUUUCCUUACUUGAAGUAGAGUGUGUGUGAUGCAGGAAUCCUCAUCCGUAUCCAUCCCAACCUCGCUCGCUCACUGUCACGUGCACUACACCUUGUGAAACUUUACUGUAUGAAGACCUGCCAGUUCCUGGUUCCGGAAGACUGCUGUUCCCUCCCGAACACUGGUUACUAGAGCAGCGUUUUUUAACGUGUCCAAGAAGGAUAAGAGCCCCGGUGGCCAAAGAUCUUGAUUUUUUUUUUUUUUCCCACCACUGUUCAAACCCUCACGUGAAAGGAAGCUGAGCUUUGCUGUGAUACCGUUUUCUGUUCAGAAUGUGAUGGUACCGGACCGGCGUGAAAAUGAAGGGCAGAGUGGCAGGGGAGCAUUUGGAAUCUAGACGUUCAAAGCUAUAUUUAUAAUGUUGAUGAGUUUAAGUUUUAUUUUUAUAGGGAAGAUUUUUCUCCCCUGAAAUUGUGUCUGGAAUGGCAAAAUUGUUUCUAUUAUUAAAAAUUGAAGUUGUUAGUUGA